AUGGAAGUGGAGAGACAAGAGAGCCGUGCGCCAAGGAGGCUUCAAUUAUAUAUUGGCUUAAGACAAGGACGUGACCAUGGAAACGAAAACAGAAACUAUAAGAAACCUGAGAGAACAGGUCAGUUCGCUCCACAGGAACGCAUAGUGGGAGGCUACGCACCGGUUCCUCAUUCAAUCAAGUAUAUGGUGUCGAUACAGACACUGGGCCGACAGCACUUUUGUGGGGGCUUCCUGAUAAAUAGAUUCUGGGUUAUCACAGCAGCACACUGUGAUAUUGGGGUUCAAAAAAUGAUUAUAGUGGCAGGAGACUACUCUUUGACCAUUUACGAAGGCACAGAGCAAGAAGUCCAACCCCAGUUUUUGGUGCCCCACCCUUCGUACAACAGCACCACAAACAACGGAGACAUUAUGCUUAUUAAGCUGAAGGCCCCCAUCUAUCUGAACAGCUAUAUCUCCAUCGCUCUGCUGCCCAGGCAGAACGCCGACAUAGCGGAGGGCAGAGUGUGUCGAGUGUCCGGAUGGGGAUUCACCAGUCCCGAUGGAGGCCAGAUUCCCUCCACACUUCGAACUGUCAAGCUUCCCAUAAUCUCCUCAAAUAAAUGUAACAGCAGUGCAUCGUUCAACGGCAGCAUAACAGAAAACAUGCUGUGUGCUGGUUACAGUAUUGGUGGAAAGGAUUCCUGCAAGGGGGAUUCAGGUGGUCCACUUGUGUGCGACGGCCGGGUCUACGGCGUGGUGUCUUGGGGAAAAGGUUGCGCUGAUGCUCAGUUUCCCGGAGUCUACACUGCGGUGUCCAAGUUCCGUACGUGGAUAGACAACACCAUAUUUAGCUAUUACAGCAGAUGUAAGAAGAAUUAAGGCUCAGUGUUAACUGAUUUGAGACUUGACAUACUUAUUUCACUGUUGCCUUGUUUGUUCUAAUUUUAUGUGAGUUUUACCAUUUGUGUAUGACAGAGGACGUGUUAAGCUUAGCAUAAAGGCGUAAAGGGAAUCUACCAAAUUAGCAAUUAAGGAUUUUACUUUUGUUUUUAAUUGUUGUUGUGGGCAGCAUUUUUUAACUAUCAUCAUAGUGUUCCUGACAAGUAAAGUAAAACUUAAAGUUACUCAGAAGUGGGCCAUGAGACAAGCAAUUUUUUACUGUCUAAAACAACUCAUACCUCAAAAAUAUUAUAAUUUAAGUGACAGAUGUAUUGUAGAUUUUUACAUCGAGUCACUCUUGAAGAGUCUGUGAAAUGCCCAUGUUGACACACGCCGCUGCAAAGUGGGACAUGUUGGAAUGGAUCUUGUUGGUAGGCAGAUGUAUUAAAUAAUUCUGAUACAGAGAUAUAAAAUAUUCAAUCCAUGACAUAUCUUUCUCGAACUUCUAGAAAAUAUUUGCAAUUUGAAGUGUUUUAGAUGGUGAAAAUUUGUUCUUCUCAUGGCCUCUAAAGUAGCUUUUAGCUUUAGCUCACACAUCUAAAAACAUAAUGUUCUGGUAAGACACUAACUACUCCCACUACACCUCCCCCAAAAACAGAAAAACACCCUUUAUCCAUUAAUAUUAGUCUAUAUGUACAAAAACCAGGGUG